AUGUCCGCCCAAGCUUCACCCAGCGAUGCCUAUAUCCUCGGAGUGGGGCUGACUCAGUUCCUCAAGCCCCGUCGAACCAGAGAGUAUCCCGAACUGGGUUAUGAAGCCGCCGUGAAAGCGCUGAUUGACGCCAAAGUGAAUUACGAUCAAGUGCAGCAAGUAAUUGCAUGCUAUUGCUACGGCGACACGACCUGUGGUCAGCGAAUUGCCUAUAGCUUGGGAAUGACAGGAUGUCCCGUGUUGAAUGUCAACAAUGCGUGUGCCACAGGCAGUACUGGUCUACACACGGCCCGCCGUCUCAUCCAAGGGGGACUCGUGGACUGUGCUCUGAUUGUCGGAUUUGAACAAAUGCGACCGGGUUCGAUCAAAAGUGUAUGGGAUGAUCGUCCCAGUCCCCUCGGACCCUCAACCAAGCUGAUGGAAGAUACAUUUGGGAAACAUGACGCACCACGAAAUGCGCAAUACUUCGGAAACGCCGGCCAAGAGUACACGCAAAAGUAUGCCCUUUCUUCCGAUCAAGCCCGCGUGAAGAAUCUCAUGCUUCACAGGUGGCUGACUCUUCCUUCUGCUGUUCCUAGAUACGGGGCCCAACCGGACGAUUUUGCCGAGAUUGCUCGCAUUUCCCACGAGCACUCUCAAAAGAACCCUUACGCCCAGUUCAGGCAAGCGUAUUCGCUCGACGAAAUCUUGAAAUCGACUCCGGUGUACGGACCGCUCACCAAACUGCAGUGCUCCCCAACCAGUGACGGAGCUGCGGCGGCGGUAAUGGUCUCCCAGCGCUUUCUAGACGCACGGCCAUCCUUGAAAUCCCAAGCAAUCUUGAUCGCGGGCCAGGCAUUACUGACAGAUGGACCCGAAGUCUAUUCGGGCAGUGCAAUCGACUUAGUCGGUUUUCAGAUGUCGCGAGAGGCAGCGAGACUGGCGUUGCAGGAGGCGGGUGUCUGCAUUCAAGACAUCAAGGUCUGCGAGCUCCACGACUGCUUCUCGACGAAUGAACUCCUUCUUCUAGAUGCGCUCGGAUUUUCCGAGCCCGGAAAGGCGCAUGAGAUGGUUCGCCGAGGAGACAUCACAUACGGAGGUAAAGGUCCUGUGGUCAAUCCCUCGGGUGGGUUGAUCUCGAAGGGGCACCCGCUUGGUGCUACAGGAAUCGCUCAGUGUGCCGAGCUAACUUGGCAGCUUCGUGGCUGGGCCAACAACCGGCUGGUACCUGGUGUACAUGUCGCACUUCAACACAACCUGGGCCUAGGAGGUGCUGUGGUAGUGACGAUCUACAAGCGAGCGGACGGGAAAGUUAGUAAUUCCGUUUCAGACGAGGAAGUGAAGCAUGUCUCGGGACUGGGCUAUAAUCCGGCAGUAGAGGCACACUAUAUACGUCCACAGGACGGAGAGCGUGUGAGAAGUAAAAGUAAGUCUCACGACUACCCCUUGCGUGGAGUGAAUGACAAGCUCGCGUCACGGCUCUGA